UUCUUAUAUAGCCUUCGUAGACCGCGUUGAAUCGAAUCUUUCUCCUUUAGGAUAAGAAUAGUUUUCUUUCUUUUCGGGGUUCUCUUUCUUUUUCUUCCGCGAUUCGAAUAUAUCUUCGGAUAUUUCCAUUUUUGAGGGCCGUUCUAAAUCCGGAGGCGGAAGUAGAGUUUCAAUUGGAUUUCAAUCUGAAUUUAUGAAGGACUUUUAGCAAAGGGAUGCUAAACCCAUCACUAACAGUUUCGUAGGAGAAUUGCUGAUCGGUUUAGCCAGCGAGAUAUUAACGAGUCCUAGCUCCACUGUCAUCGGUCUGUUAAAAACCUGAAGGAUUGCGGCAAAUAUUCUGAUUUUGGUUAAACCUCAAGAGUAUGGCGAAUAGCAAGUACGAGUACGUGAAGUCAUUCGAAUCGGAAGACGAAGUCAUGCUUCCUAAUUUGAUGGUUGUUCGGAUCGAUGGUCGUGAUUUUUCUAGAUUCUCUCAAGUUCAUGAGUUUGAGAAGCCUAAUGAUGAAUCAGCCCUCAAUCUGAUGAAUUCCUGCUCAGCUGCGGUUUUGGAAGAGUAUCCUGACAUAAUCUUUGCAUAUGGAUACUGUGACGAAUACAGCUUUGUAUUCAAGAAAACAUCAAGAUUCUACCAGAGACGAGCCAGUAAGAUUUUGUCUUUGGUAGCUUCGUUCUUUGCUGCAGCCUAUGUAACGAAAUGGAAAGAGUUUUUUCCUCAAAAAAAAUUAGAAUAUGCUCCUUCCUUCAAUUCAAAAGUUAUAAGUUGUGCAUCAGCAGAGGUUCUUCAAGCUUAUCUCGCGUGGAGACAACAAGACUGCCACGUCAGUAAUCAAUAUAACACUUGUUUCUGGUUGUUAGUUGAAAGUGAAAGGAGCAUAAGUGAAGCACAAGAGCUUCUCAAGGAUACACAAAAACAGCAGAAAAAUGAGAUUCUCUUUCAGAAAUUUGGUAUCAAUUACAAAACGCUUCCUGAGUUGUUUCGCCAAGGAUCAUGCCUCUUCAAGACAAAGGUGGAAGAAACUGUAAAGCAUGAUGAGAAUGGCAAUCCCGUAAAAAGAUUGAGGAGAAAGGCUGUAUUUGUACAUUCGGAGAAUAUUGCUGGAAGAAGCUUCUGGAAUGAGCAGCCCUCCCUGUGUAAGGAUCUUGGUCACUUCACGAAAGACAUUGGCAAAAUUGAACCAGAUUUUGUUCGGUCGUUUCAGUUUGAGAACAAAUUGUUGCCUUUAACUUGGGUCGUGGUUAGGAUUGAUGGCUGUCAUUUUCACAGAUUUUCUGACGUUCAUGAAUUUGAGAAGCCAAAUGAUGAGCAAGCUCUGAAACUUAUGAAUUCAUGUGCAGUGGCUGUUCUCGAGGAAUUCGAGGAUAUUCAGUUUGCAUAUGGUGUCAGUGAUGAGUACAGCUUUGUUUUGAAGAAAGAAUCUGAGCUCUACAAAAGACAAUCCAGCAAGAUAAUAUCUGCAAUCGCAUCCUUCUUUACAUCCACGUAUGUGAUGCAAUGGGGAGAUUUCUUCCCUCACAAAGAAUUAAGGUACCCUCCAUCGUUCGAUGGACGAGCUGUAUGCUAUCCAACUUACAAGAUUCUCUUGGAUUAUCUGGCGUGGAGACAAGUUGACUGCCACAUCAAUAAUCAGUAUAAUACAUGUUUCUGGAUGCUUGUUAAGUCUGGAAAAACCAAAACUCAAUCCCAAGAUUACUUAAAGGGUACUCAAACACGAGAGAAAAAUGAGCUGCUUAGCACUCAAUUUGGAAUUGAAUACAAUUCAUUACCUCUAAUCUUUCGGAUGGGUUCUUCGGUUUUCCGCUUAAAGGAAGCUGUUACAGUUGAGAAUGGGGCAGUUUCAGGGAAGAAACUGGAAGGAGAAGUGGUCGUAGAUCAUUGCAACAUCAUCGAACACUCUUUCUGGGAAGAACAUCCACACAUUCUUAGCUACUCAUAAAACAGCUGCCUUUUCACUUCAUUUGUAAGACUAGUUUAGUUUGUUGUGCAAACGUGGAAUCAUUAUGAUUACAUUUUGAAUUGUUACAAUUGUUAAGUUAGUAAAAAAAAUUAUUUUGAAUAUUUUCACUCUUUAAGUAUGAAAUAGCUUAUAUAAAACAUAAAAAUAAAUUAUUUAUAUAAUCGUGUGGAAGAUGAGAGAGAUAUGUAAGAC